CUGCUUAAUGCCGGUUCUUUGCCGUUCACGAAGAUCAUUGUUUGAUACAUAAUUAUUUUAUUUGGUUGAAGAAGCUGUGCAGUGUUGUGAAUUGAAUUUAAGGAAAUAAUAUGUAAGAGCAGUUUACAAUUAGUAUUUUUAUUAUCUGUGCACGUUUAAUACAUUUUUAAAAUGGACACAAUGGAAGUUACGAAUACCGACUUAAAUAAUAAAAAUGAUGAAUGCAUAAAAAAAGACAAAGUCGAUAACGUCCCUGCCGAGGAGAUGACAUCGCGGGAUUAUUACUUCGAUUCAUACGCACACUUUGGAAUUCACGAGGAAAUGUUAAAAGAUGAAGUUAGGACGUUAUCCUAUCGAAAUUCAAUGUAUCACAAUAAGCAUCUAUUCAAGGGCAAGGUGGUUUUAGACAUUGGCUGUGGAACUGGAAUUCUCUCAAUGUUUGCGGCAAAAGCAGGAGCGAGUAAAGUCAUCGCUAUUGAAUGUUCAAAUAUCGUUGAAUAUGCACAAAAAAUCGUUGAUGCCAAUAAUUUGUCUCAUAUUGUUACAAUAGUUAAAGGCAAAGUUGAGGAAGUUAGUCUACCCGAUGAAAUUGAAAAAGUCGAUAUCAUCAUCUCCGAGUGGAUGGGAUACUGCCUGUUCUAUGAAUCAAUGUUAGAUACUGUUUUACAUGCUCGUGAUAAGUGGCUCAAACCCGACGGUAUGUUAUUCCCAGAUAAAUGCACUCUAUAUGUAACAGGUAUAGAAGACAGACAAUACAAAGAUGAAAAAAUCAAUUGGUGGGAUGAUGUUUACGGUUUCGAUAUGAGCUCUAUUCGAAAAGUUGCAAUUAGUGAACCUUUAGUUGAUGUUGUUGAUCCAAAACAGGUUGUUACAAAUGCUUGCCUGCUGAAGGAGGUUGAUUUAUACACAGUUAAGAAAGAGGAUUUAGAUUUUACUGCAUCAUUUGUCCUGCAAGUUCGAAGAAAUGAUUUUGUUCAGGCUUUGGUUACUUAUUUUAAUGUGGAAUUCACAAAAUGCCACAAACGGUUAGGUUUUAGUACUGCUCCAGAAGCACCAUACACACAUUGGAAACAAACUGUAUUUUAUUUUGAUGAUUACAUGACGGUGAAGAAGAAUGAAGAAAUUUAUGGAGUUUUUCAGAUGAAGCCAAAUGCUAGGAAUAAUCGUGACUUGGAUUUCAGCAUAAAGUUAGACUUUAAUGGUGAAUUAUGCCAAGUGCACGAAGAAAAUCACUAUAGAAUGCGCUAAGCUUUAUUUUUAUAUAAAUUCCUAAUAAGGUUUUAUACAAUGUAUUAAGAAUAACAUAUGAUUUACAUCAAUCUCUUUGCUAUUUAAGGACGAGUUUCAUUAGUCUCUC